AUGACGACCCCAAAGUCGAACAAGAAGAGCAAGAUAAUAACACUACGGCUCUCACCCGAAGCUUUGUCACAAUGGCCAUCUGAUAGCACGCCGAAGCCAUCAGCACCAAUCAUCAGCACCCAUCCAUCACCUUCUGUACAGCCACCAGAGUCCAUCGACAAAGCUUCCGACUCAAAUGGCACGCCCAUGCCCACGACCAGUGUGGACGGUGGAGACAACAGCGGCCUGGCACCACCAAAGAUAGACAGACGACGAAGAGGAGGCGCUGCUGUUGCUGGCCGAAAACGCGCGCACCCUUCAAUAGACCCGAAUGGAUCCAUGAGAGAACGUGGAAGACCAGGACCGAAGAAGAAGCCAAGACUACCAGACGGCACCAUCGACCACUCACAAGAUAAUAACACUACCAAGAAAGUCGGCCCAACAACAGCCGCCGCACACCGACUUGGGCCAAAAGCGAACACAGGUAACAUCAACGCCAAUCUCCGUGCUCUCGACCGCACAGGCAAGCCCUGCCGCAAAUGGGAGCGCAAAGCACUACAGCUCAAGUCCUUCACCGGCGUGGCAUGGGGCACGUCACGCUGGCAAGCUCCACCCAAGGAGACUAGCUUCCCUGGCGAUGUCAAGAGCGACACUAACGGUUCAAGCGACAACAAGCCGAAUGACAGCAGCGCUGUCGGUAGUGAGAGGAGUAAUAGUGGCAAUGGCGAUGUGACUAUGACUAAUGGUAUGGAGAGCUCGCCGGCGCCAGCCAUCAUGGCUUGA